CUAAUUAAGUGUCUGAUUACCUUUACCAAACGGACCUGAGUAAAUUCACUUACGACCUUUACCAACUCACGUGGAGUUAAAGAUGGAGUCAUCAGAAGUGGAGACUAGCCAGAGAGCACGUCGUAAACACCACUCUUCUAAGGAUGAAUUAAAUGAAGAUAAAGCUGAGGUGCCCCGAUCCAAGAGAUAUAGAAAGGACAAACCAUGGGACAGUGAGGACAUUGACCACUGGAAGAUAGAGGAGUUCAAGUCUGGAGACAUGUCACAACCCCUAAUGGAGGAGAGCUCCUUUGCCACCCUCUUCCCCAAGUACAGAGAGCGUUACCUGCAGAAGGCUUGGCCUCACGUCACUAAGGCACUCAAGGAGCAAGGUGUGUCCUGUCGUCUUGACCUGAUAGAGGGUAGUAUGACUGUGUCCACCACUCGCAAAACCUGGGACCCUUACAUCAUCGUUAAGGCUAGAGACCUCAUCAAACUACUGGCAAGGAGUGUUCCUUUUGAGCAGGCCACUCGUGUUCUCCAAGACGAUGUAGCCUGUGACAUCAUCAAGAUAAAAUCGCUGGUGCGGAACAAGGAGAGAUUUGUACGUCGACGACAACGUCUGAUUGGUCCAAACGGUGCCACCCUGAAGGCGAUUGAGCUGCUCACCCAAUGCUACAUCCUGGUGCAGGGUAACACAGUGUCUGCUCUUGGCUCUUUCAAAGGCCUCAAACAAGUGAGGAAGAUUGUGGAGGACACUAUGAAGAACGUGCACCCUGUUUACAACAUCAAGACACUGAUGAUCAAACGAGAGCUGAUGAAAGACCCUGCCCUCGCUAAAGAGUCCUGGGAUCGGUUCCUACCAAAGUUCCCCAAAUCCACUGUCCCCAGACGCAAAAUCAAGAUUAAUGAAAAGAAAAAUUAUACUCCAUUCCCCCCUCCCCAGCCGGAGAGCAAGCUGGACAAAGAGCUGGCGUCUGGAGAGUAUUUUAUGAAGGAGAAGGAGAGAUUGGCUUUAAAGAAGGAGAAAAAGAAGGCCAAGCAAACAACUGUGUCUGAGCAGAAGAAAGCUGAGAGACAGAGUGUGUUCCAACCUCCUCCUGUCUCGGUAGACAAGGGGCAUAGCCAGCAAGACGAGUCUGAGGGUGGAGUGGAAAAAGUGGAUGUGUCAGCUAUGAAGAAGAAAUUCUCUAAAGCUCUGAAGAAAGUUGGUGAAAGAUCAAAGAAGAGUAAGAGUUCUUCUAUUACAUGACAAUGGAUUGAACUUAUUAAACAAUUAAUAUUAUGUCCUUUUUUGUCUUUGUACAAUCAUGUUAAUUCUCAUCA